ACCAAACUAUUUAUUUUUACCUUCUAGUUCAAAACCCAAUUCUCAAUAUGCAAAACGCACGCGGUCAGGGCAUUUCUCACGCCACCGGUGGCUCCAAGGUUCCCCAAGGAGUCCAAGAGAGAGUUCCUCAAGGCCUCGAGGAAUCGUUGCCUAAUUCGGUUCACGAUACCGGCUCCAGCGGUAGCCACAAGACCCAUGCCCUUAACGACGGCGAGGACUCAAUCGUCCCCAAGGGAAUUCAGAAGGCUGUCCCCGAAAAGCUUGAGCGCGCUCUGCCUAACAAGAUCCACAAUACUGGUGAUGAAUAGAUGAUCACGAUGUGAUGUUUGCAUGAAUGGAUAUAAAUUGAUAUCUUAUCUGUAUAUUAGUGAAUUUGAAACGAUAGGCAUUAUUUGACGGGCAUAACAUACUUAUCUUGGAAUGUGCAAGUGGCUACUAUUUUCGAUUAUGUAGCUAAAACAUUGCUGUUGCUACGCCUUCCCAUUAAUACCAUCAAUAGAUGAUAAUAUCAUUCAAAAUUAGA